GAAAAGUAGUGACAAAGAUCUGAUUUACGCAAUCUUACCCUUCUUCCAAUCAUCAAACAUUAUAAAUAGACACUUACGUUGUAUAGCAUCAAAACAAAAACACAACCAUUGCGUUCCCUCUUACACUUAAGUAUUACAUUCCCUACCUACUAAGUAUCCAAAUGGAAAGCAUCAGAAGCUUAGUUGCAGAGAAACCAGUGGUGAUAUUCAGCAAAAGCAGUUGCUGCAUGAGCCAUUCAAUCCAAACACUGAUCUCAGGGUACGGAGCAAAGAUGACGGUGUACGAGCUUGAUCAGUUGUGUAACGGCCAGGAGGUGGAGAAAGCAUUGGUACAGAUGGGGUGUAAUCCGAGUGUACCAGCUGUGUUCAUAGGGGAACAGUUAAUAGGUGGUGCUAACCAGGUGAUGACUCUCCAAGUCAAGAACCAACUAGCUGCGUUGCUAAGAAGAGCUGGAGCCAUUUGGGUUUAAAGAAUCUAUACUACGUUUUUUUGCCUUCUACUACAAAUGCACUGUCAUGUCUUUAAACAACAAGUGCAAGUGUGUAAUCAGCAAUGCUUAUUCAUAACU